CACAUACACUCACAGGCACGCGGCGGCGCGCGCACUCUACUGGACAUUGGCACGAUCAGUCUCUUGUCCUCCAGCCCGCGCGACUUUUGCACUUCUCCAGGUUCUUGAUUGAAUUGGAAACCAAUCAUUGAAAUAAUGUACACCUGGUACAGUAUCUGAAGUACUGGUAAAGAAGACGCAACAAAAAGUGAAUAUGAUCAGUCAAGAACACAAAACAGCAUGCACAGCCCACUGCCCCAAGACCAAAGUUGACUGACUCAGGACCUGUGUCUGAGCCUCAAUGCGUCAGAUGAGACGUCGGACAAUUUCCAGAUUCAGAAGCCUUCAUAGCUUUUCUUUUUAAAAUACACUGCUAUUAAAAAGGUGUCAACGGAAACAGCUUCAUUUGGGAGCAUAUUUCCUCCUUGGUUGGGCUGAGAACUAAGCAAUGGCCAUGGUGAGAGGAGGAUGGGGAGAUCCCAAUGGGGAUACUAAUGGACUUGGUGACAAGGGUUAUCUGAGGGGAGAUGAGGAUGAUGGGUCAACGCAAGGAGGUGGCAGUGACAUGGAGGCCGGGGAGGAUGAUAAAGGGUGCGUGGUGGACUGUGUGGUCUGCGGUGACAAAUCUAGUGGAAAACACUAUGGUGUGUUUACCUGUGAGGGCUGCAAGAGCUUUUUCAAAAGAAGUGUCCGACGAAACCUCAACUAUACCUGCAGAUCAAAUCGGGACUGUCAGAUCGACCAACAUCAUCGCAACCAGUGUCAGUACUGCCGUCUAAAGAAGUGUUUCCGAGUUGGAAUGCGUAAAGAAGCAGUUCAGCGUGGUCGCAUCCCACCUUCGCAUUCUAAUCUCAGCCCAUCCACAACUCCAGUGGGCGGUAACGCUGGAAGCGGUGUGAAUGAGUUCUACAAUGGGCAGCCAGUGUCUGAGCUUAUCUCCCAGCUUCUACGGGCUGAGCCUUACCCCAACAGCCGCUACAGUCACCAGUACAGCCAGCAGAUGCAGGGGGGUGGUGGAUCCUCCAUGGGCAUCGACAGCAUCUGUGAGCUCGCUGCCAGACUCCUGUUCAGCACCAUCGAAUGGGCCCGAAAUAUUCCUUAUUUCCCUGAGCUGCCUGUAUCUGAGCAGGUGGCCCUGCUGCGGCUCAGCUGGAGUGAACUGUUUAUUCUAAACGCAGCUCAAUCUGCCCUGCCACUGAACAUGGCCCCGCUGCUCGCUGCCGCAGGCUUUCACUCCUCUCCUAUGUCUGCUGAAAGGGUGGUGUCCUUCAUGGACCAGGUGCGUGUUUUUCAGGACCAAGUGGAGAAGCUGACCCGCUUGCAAGUGGAUUCAGCAGAGUACAGCUGUCUCAAGGCCAUAGCUCUCUUCUCACCAGAUGCAUGUGGACUGACAGACCCAGCUCAUGUUGAAAGCCUCCAGGAAAAAGCUCAGGUGGCCCUGACCGAGUAUGAACGCAUGCAGUAUCCCGGGCAGCCCCAGCGAUUUGGGCGGCUGUUACUGCGCCUGCCCGCUUUGAGAGCGGUGCCCGCCAACCUCAUCUCUCAGCUCUUCUUCAUCCGGCUCGUGGGGAAGACGCCUAUCGAGACGCUUAUCCGUGAUAUGCAGCUCUCUGGCAGCUCCAUCAGUUGGCCCUAUGUACCUGGACAGUAAUCAUUAUCAGAUGUGACCACAGAGCCAGUCAGCCACCAGACUACUUUAGCAAACUACUGGAAGUCUCUGGUUCCCUCUCUGAUAUAAAUUUUUAUUUUUUGGCAUUCCUGCAUUCACGUCUGAUAUUGGCUGUAUGACCAAAUGCAACUGGGUCAUACAUUGGGAAUCAUCAAUUCACUAAUAUGUUGCAGAUGGCUUGAUCAAUGUUCUGUGAACUGUUUUAAGAUGCAACGGCAUUGUCAAAGUUUGAUAAAAAAAAAUUAUAAUGAAAUAUUUGAGGACUGUUUGUAAUCUCCCUGCCAAAGGUAAGAUUUUAGGUUCAGAUUUAUAGUGAGUUAUUUAGUGGAAAAUGGUUGAAGAAUAAAACAUGGUCAGUAUAUGUGUCAUACAGCUAGCCAUUUUUAGAAUUUCAGAAGUUUAUAUCAAAUAAAAUCAUUUGGGUGUGAAUAUGAAAUUUACCCUAAUGAUAUCAAAGUCACCCACCACUCCCACCCCACAUACUCAACUUUGCUCUUAUGUACCAGAAACUGGGAAGAGGAAAAUGGACAUGACAUCCCAAAAGAACGCAAUCUGUUGACCAUAUCUUUGAAGGUCCAAAAGACAUAAAAGUAAACCAUAAUACUCCAGUGGUUAAAUCCAUAUUUUCAGAAGCGAUAUGAUAGGUGUGGGUAAGAAAAAUAUCAAUGUUUAAGUCCUUUUUUAUUGUAAAUCUACACUCUAAAUUUCACAUACUGGUGUUGAAGUGACUCACGUUCAGUCAACUACUGGUUGGGGCUGGUCAAAGGUGGAGAUUUAUAGUAAAAAAGGACUUAAAUAUUGAUCUGUUUCUCACACACACACCUAUCAAAUUGCUUCAGAAGACAUUAAUUUAUCUACUGGAAUAUUAUUGAUUACUUUAUGCUGCCAUUCACUUGUAUUGUUUGGACCAACAGAGCUGAAAUAUCUUUCAACAAAUCUUCGUUUGUGUUCAGCAGUAGAAAGAAACUCAUACACAUUUGGGAUGGCAUGAGGGUGAGUAAAUGAUGAGAGAAUUUUCAUUUUUGUUUGAACUACCCCUUUAAGGCAUUUGUUUUACCACAGUGAUGGGAUAUGUUUUUAGUUAUUUUACCCUAUAUAAUGCAAUUCUUUGAAAGAUUGAAAUUUACUAAAGUUGAAACAACCAUUUUAUAAAAUAAUUGCAAACUGUAUUUGCUGUUUAAAUGCUUUCUUGGCUCAAGACUUACCUCGUCAUGAAUGUUUAUUUCUUUGAUCAUCUCAUUUUGCAUUUUAGAUGACAAAUGAAGUAGUCAUGUAUUUUUCAGAUCUAAAAACCAGUGAAUCUUUUCCACAUGGAAGUAUUAUUCAUACUCAUACAGAAUACUGUAUUGUUGUCAUUGAUCAUACAUGGUUUCUGCUCUUCUUUUUGUUUUGCUUUUUAGACUUUAAACAGUUAAUUAUAAACUGGUAAUGACAUUACAACAUUGUUAACCAAAAAAGUACCUCUAUUGUCUGAGACAUAAAUGGACGAUCAAGUGGUGGUUGAUCGAAAAUGUAUCAAUUUGAAAUUGUGUCAACACACCUGAGCUGCUCACUUUAAACUAAAGAGGAGUGAUUGGAUAUAUCAGUAUGUUAUUUUAGUGAUACGAAGGCUGAUUUUGGCUAGAAAUUGUUACUGCUUUUUUUUUUUUUUAGAACAGGGCUCUGGUGUGUAUGUUUCACAUGUGACCGCAUGUGGCAUUAGCUCUUGUUGUGAGAUGUAAUUUUCCUAGCCUUAUCAUACAUCUGAAUAACUAAUAUUACCUCAUAUUUAGGCCUUGAAAAAUAACAGGCGGUCUAAUAUACAAACACAUUCAACUGCAACAUGUACAGUUUUAAUUUUAAUAUCUUUGUGUUUUUAAAUACUUGUGUAUGACAGGUUGAUUAAAUAUUAGUAUC